GGCAGCUUUGAGGCGGGUCGAGAAUUUUUCCCCCCUUCAAAUUAUUGGUCGCCCAAAGCGCAGGCGUGCUCUCCGGAUUGGUCGACGUACUCUCCCGUCUCCGUCCACGAGCCACCAACUUCCUCCUCCUGCUUGGGACCAUGGCCCUGAGAGCAUGUGGCUUGAUCAUCUUCCGAAGACGCCUCAUUCCCAAGGUAGACAACACCUCAAUUGAGUUUCUACUGCUGCAGGCAUCAGAUGGCAUUCAUCACUGGACUCCUCCUAAAGGCCAUGUGGAACCCGGGGAAAAUGAAUUGGAAACAGCCCUGCGGGAGACUCAAGAGGAAGCAGGCCUAAAAGCAAGCCAGCUGACCAUCAUUGAGGGGUUCAGAAGGGAGCUCAAUUAUGUGGCCAGGAAGCAGCCUAAAACAGUCAUCUACUGGCUGGCAGAGGUGAAGGACUAUGACGUAGAGAUCCGCCUCUCCCAUGAGCACCAAGCUUACCGUUGGCUGGGGCUGGAGGAGGCCUGCCAGUUGGCUCAAUUCAAGGAUAUGGAGGCAUUACUCCACGAGGGACACCAGUUUCUCUGCUCCACAGUGGCCUGAGCUGAAACACAGUCAUUUGCCUCAGGAGGAUCCUUGAGGGCCUUUCUGAGAUGAACUCACCUUCAGCUCCAGGGAAGGUUGUGCUGGUCUUUGGCUCAUCAUAGCAGAGAACAGACACAUUAUUAUAUCACUCAGAGGCGAGCAGGCAAAAAUCUUAGCUGGGUGGAAAGGAAGGUGAAGGAAGAGGUAUUUU